UGAUACCAAGAGCAUCCAAUUCCCUCACCACCAGCACACAAUCAUCUGCAUUUUCACUUUUUCAGUUCUGAACUUGUAGCAUAUAAGUUGUGCCACAAGUGCGCUACGUUUUUCGCCUGUACCUCUGGCUGUCUGCAACUCAACUCUGAAGAAUCCUUAGUCUCACAUCCUCCGGUUUCAGGUGACAAGCUAAGCUACCAAUCAUGCAACCGGUUCAGGAAAGACGGAUGGUCGCGUCGAGCAAGGUGAUCAAGGUCGGGCCGUGGGGCGGCCGCGGCGGGAGCCCGUGGGACGACGGCCCGCACCGCGGCGUCCGGAGCAUCACCCUCACGUACGGCCGGUUCCUGGAGUCGAUGCAGGUGGAGUACGUCGACAGGAACGGCCACCCGGUCCUCGCCGAGAAGCACGGCGGCGGGACGGGGCGCAGCCUCUCCGCCAAGAUCGAGCUGGACUUCCCGUACGAGUUCGUGACGGUCGUGAGCGGGUGCUACGGCGCGGCGCACGGCGGGGCGCCGCCGGUGGUGCGGUCGCUGGCGUUCGCGACGAGCCGGGGGGCGGCGCACGGCCCGUUCGGGGACGACGCGGACGGGGUGCCGUUCUCGUACCCGAUGGAAGGGGGCGUGGUGGUCGGGUUCGCGGGGCGGAGCGGCUGUCACCUCGACGCGCUGGGCCUCCACGUCGCGGCGCUGCGGGCCGAGACGCUCUCCGACGUGGUGCAGGAGCGCGGCCUCGCGGCGUACCGCUCCUUCGUCUACGGCGACGGCGGGGCGCCGCCGCGUCGGCAGGACAAGAAGAAGCCGUUCGAGUGGUGUUACAAGUAGCAACUGUUGGUAGAGCGCUACGAAACGAAGUAGCCGGUGCGGCUCGGCCGAACCGCACUGAAGAAGCGGUCCGUUGGGCCGGAAAAAGGCUCGCAAACCAGACUCCCUAGCCUGUCACUUCACGUGCAGAAUUACGAAAGGAUAAGAACAAAGUCACAUUGCUGCGAGUU